AUCAAAUAAAAGUAAUCAAACUUACCAAAUAUGGCUUUCAGUUUCUUUCUGUAUACUGGACUGGACACAGCCUUUUUCCUUCGUAAUACUUAAACAAUGACAAUUAUUUAUAACACGUGCGCAACUAUUAUGAUUAUUAUUAUUAUGCGCAAAUAUACAUGGCAACCAUGACGCUGCAAUCAAGAUUAAAAUAACACUAAUUACGUCACAAUUAAUGCGCGCAAUGCGUCGCAGUAACAACAGGGAUGCCAGUUUUCAGGCAAAAGCCUGAAUUCAGGCCCUGGCAAUUUAUUUUCAGGCCAUAGUUUUAGCAUUUUUGUGUACAAAAUAUUGUAUUCUAGGUAAUUUUCAGGCCCUCUGAUCAAUUCCAACUGGGAAAUAGCAGAGAUGCCCUCGUGAGCGCUCUACCAGCUGCAUUUCUUCUCCGAUCAUCUUCAAAUGUGGCAUGAAGGUCCAUUAUGGUAAAGCAAAGCCGCCUAUUGAUUUUGGUGUGGGCAGAGACAUCAUUGCCAUGGUAACAAGUUUUUGUGGAAAUAGCAGAGAUGUCCUUGUGAGCGCUCUAUCAGCUGCAUUUCUUCUUCAUUGCUUUUUUUUCAGUUUGUCAUAACAGUUGGCACACAGAAGCAUUAUUAGAAGGUGAAGUGAAGAUGCCCAUCAUUUUUUGUGGGGGGGGGGGGGUCUUAGGGUUAGGUUUAUAAAAUAGAUCUAGAUUACUCUAUAAUUGUAUUCCCAACAGGUGAUACUAGACAAUAUUUUAGGUUCUGCAGAGUCAUGCUGCUACAUCAUAUUAUUGUCAUCAAAUUUGGUACCCACAGGCAAAAUGUGGGCAGGGUCAUUGUCGCCAUGACAAUUGUAUUUAUUUGUCAAAUAUCUGUGUGAGCUCUAUAUACCGCAUCAUUGAUGGAUGACGCGGUGGGUUCGGGGGGGGGGGGGAUACGUGCUCGGCCGCGCGACCCUCUAGCAUCUCUAGUUUUAGGAUCUGAAAAGCAGAUUUUUUUUUUUUUAAUAAUAUAUUAUUCAGUUUUUCGUGUAGAUCUAGGCCUGUUUUACAGUUGUCGGGGAAGUUAACGGUUGGCGGAUUUGCCCUGAAAAUUUUCAGGGUUGUCGGCGCCCGCAAAUUGUGAUGCGUGGUAGCGAGAAAGUUGCACUACAGUACAGUCUGGUGUUGAAAUAGCCUACUACACUAGGCACUACCAGUGGCAGUGUUGAUGAUAGAAAUUACUUUAAUUUUUAUCAUGUAUACUGUAUAUCAAGUUAUUCAAGUAUUAUAAUUGUUUGAUUAUUGCUUUUGUCUCUUCACUUUUCAGGAAAGUGUGCUAAGUGGACUUAUGUCUGUGAAUGGCAAGAAAGUUCUUCAUCUUGAUAAGAACAAGUAUUAUGGUGGUGAAAGUGCAUCUCUUACUCCCCUCACUGAAUUGUUCAAACACUGUAAUAGGGAGUCUGAAGAUAUUCCUGAGAGUAUGGGGAGAGGUAGAGACUGGAACGUUGAUCUCAUCCCGAAAUUUCUCAUGGCAACAGGUAAGCUGGUGACCGUACUGAUUAAUUCUGGAGUGACUCGUUACCUUGAAUUCAAGUCUGUAGAAGGGAGCUAUGUCUUCAAGAAGGGAAAGGUCCACAAGGUACCAGCUACAGAAAAGGAAGCAAUCUCAUCUUCUUUGUUUGGUUUGGUGGAGAAGACCAAAUUCCAAGCAUUCUUGAAGUAUAUUGUUGAAUUCAACCCUGAUGAUUUGAAAGAUGAGGUUGAUCCAGAGAAGACCACUGCAAAGGAACUCUACAAAAGAUUUGACUUAGAUGAAUCUACCAUUGAUUUCACUGGUCAUGCCAUAGCUCUUUAUAGAGAUGACAGCUAUCUAAAUGAACCAUGUGGAAAGACUAUAAAGAGGAUCAAACUGUACUCUGAAAGCCUUGCCCGUUAUGGCAAGUCACCAUACCUCUAUCCAAUGUAUGGUCUUGGAGAGUUACCACAAGGAUUUGCCAGACUGUCUGCUAUCUACGGUGGUACCUACAUGCUAGAUAAACCAAUAGAUGAGAUUGUAGUGGAUCAAGAUGGAAAGGUUACAGGAGUGAGGUCUGGUCAUGAGACUGCCAAGUGCAGCAUGGUGAUUGGAGAUCCUACAUACUUUCCUGAAAGAGUUAAGAAGACUGGACAGGUUGUUCGUGCCAUCUGUUUUUCGGAUCACCCUGUACCUAACACCUCUGAAGCAGCUUCUUGUCAGAUUAUUAUCCCUCAGAGCCAGGUUAAUCGCAAAUCUGAUAUCUAUGUACUGGUGGUAUCCCAUGCCCAUCAUGUUGCUACAAAGGGACAUUACAUUGCUCUAGUUGCUACCACAGUUGAGACAGACAACCCUGAAGAUGAGUUAGCCCCUGGAUUAGAUCUUCUUGGUCCUAUCAUUCAGAAGUUUGUAUCCAUCUCUGACAUGUAUGAACCAAACGAUGAUGGAAAAGAGAACAAGGUAAAUAUUUACUCAUUUAAUCUUAGCUGUACAGUAGUAGAAGGCGGAUGGAAUUCAUUGUCCAAACGUGUCUCAUCUGUGUUAAGAUGCAAUUUUAGUUGGUCUUCCGAUUUUAUUGAAACACUCCCUUCCAUUAAAUUCAAACCCCAUUUAUCUUAAUCAUUGUAUCCUUAGCUAAAUGCCAGAUAUGAUAUUUUCAGGACUACAGACAACAAGUUGCAGUGUUGAAAUCUUGCUGUCACAGUGUAACAUUAGCAUCAUUUUGCAAAACACUUUAAUAACAUACUCUACCCUGGUUAGGUAAAUGUUACAUGGCAGGAAUUUAUUUCUUGAAUUAAGCUAUGUUAAAGUCAGGGUAAACGGAUAAAUGAAUCAUGCAUGAUUUUAUAUGUGCAGCACAGUAGUGAAGACAAAAAAAUAGAUUCAAUAAAAAAAAAAAAUUUGGACAUCCAACCCAAUUUAACAUGAGGGCAGCAUAGCAUAUUUUAGGCCUUUUUAAUUAUUCUUUCUACAGAAGGGGAAGGCGGGGUAAGUUGAGCAUAGGGGCAAGUUGAGCCACCACCCCAGGCCAAUAAUGAAUGAGCCAGACAUUGUGGUGAUGUCAUGCAUUGAUGACCCAUUAUAUAACCCUUAAUCCCACCACAUUGUUUUCAACUUUGAAACAAAAAGUACUUUUUAGUGGGAAAAAUACAAAUUUCAGCC